AUGAACCACUGGACAAUUUACACGAAGGAUCGAGACGAGUGGCGCAUGAACUACAACAACCAGACGCUCCAAAUCUACAAAGAAUCUGACCACCCGGCCAAGCGGAUGACUUACAGCGUUUCCGACGCGUGCUUUCAACGAUACAUCGACUACUUGAUGACCUCGCCUGUUUGCACAAUUGAUCUGGACGUUAAGCUGUGGGGGCCACUGUCGGAAUUCUGGCCCGUCGACGACAACGCACGCCCACGCAUUAAUGCUACCCCGCUGUUCCGGUCGUUCCGUGCGGUACGCUCGCUGAGCCUUUCCCUACCCAACCACACCACCCUCCGCACUUUCCAGGCCAACUCUCGAUGUGGUGCCGAUGUUCUCCUGAUUCAGGACGGGGUCGGAGACAUGAGUGACAUUGUGCGUUGUCGAAGAUGUCGCAUGCAUAAGGAUGCAACCAUCGAUAUCCAAUGCUACUUCCAAAUACACGUGGCCGACAAAUCUCUGCUCGGCGCCGUCAUCUUCGAGACGAUAUGGGGAGCACGUACCUUUGCGUUGUUCUGGUCGAUGAAUAAAAUAUUGUCGAAUCUAUUCCGCGUUCUUUUCGUUUUCUUUUUCCGAUACCAGAAGCGUUUCCCAAUAAAGCUGCUUCAU